AUGAAUAGAUUAGGUCUCUAUGCAAAUUAGUUAGCUCAUCACUUAACAAUCACUGAUAAUAGGACAGGUAAAACUAUAGAGGUUCCAAUAAGUACAUCUAGAGAAAGUGAUUUUAUUCAUGCAACAAAAUUGGGAGCACUUUAAUAUUAAGGAUAACCUUUAAGAGUAUAUGAUCCAGGUUAUAUGAAUACAAUUUGUUGUGUAUAAAAUAUUAAUGAAUAUAAUUAGACAUCUAAGAUAUCAUAUAUCGAUGGAGACAAAGGAAUAUUAGAAUAUCGAGGAAUUCCAAUAGAAGAAUUAGCAGAGAAAUCAACAUUUGUUGAAGUAGCUUACUUAUUAAUAAAUGGAGAAUUGCCAAGUAAAAGUUAGUUAUAAGAAUGGGAUGAAAAACUUAGAAAACAUACAUUCAUUCAUACAGAUGCAUCUUAAAUGAUGAAAAGCUUUAGAUAUGAUGCACAUCCAAUGGGUAUGUUAAUUUCAACACUAGCUGCUAUUUCAACAUUUCAUCCUGAAGUAAAUCCAGCUUUAGCAGGUGAAGGUGUUUAUAAGAAUUAAGACAUUGUUAAUAAAUAAAUUUAUCGUAUUUUGGGUUCAUUACCAACUAUUGCAUCUAAUAGUUUUAGAAAUAGGAUUGGAAGAGAACAUAAUAUGCCACAUGAAAAUAUGAGUUAUGUUGAGAAUUUCUUAUAUAUGUUAGAUAAAUUGAAUGAAAAAGAAUAUAAACCACAUCCUAAAAUAACAAGAGCAUUAGAAGUCUUAUUUAUAUUACAUGCUGAACAUGAAUUAAAUUGUUCAACUGCAUUUGUUAGACAUUUAAGUUCAAGUGGUGUUGAUAUAUAUACAGCUAUUGCAGGUGCCGCUGGUGCACUUUAUGGUCCUAAACAUGGUGGUGCUAAUGAAGCUGUAUUAAGAAUGUUAGAAGAAAUUGGAGAUCUUAAAAAUAUUCCAUAAUUUAUUAAAGAUGUUAAAGAUAGAAAAAAAUUAUUAAUGGGUUUUGGACAUAGAGUUUAUAAAAAUUAUGAUCCAAGAGCUAAAAUUGUUAAAUAAAUUGCUUAUUAAGUCUUUGAAAUUACUGGAAAAGAACCAUUAAUUGAAAUUGCUAUUGAAUUAGAAAAAAUUGCAUUAUCAGAUCCCUAUUUUAUUUAAAGAAAAUUAUAUCCAAAUGUUGAUUUCUAUAGUGGAGUUAUCUAUAGAGCUUUAGGAUUCCCAACUGAUAUGUUCCCUGUUUUAUUCACUAUUCCAAGAGUUGCUGGAUGGUUAGCACACUGGAAAGAAUAUUUAAAUGAUAAAGAAAAUAAUAUUGUUAGACCUAGAUAAAAUUAUAUAGGACCUGAAAAAAGAAAUUAUCUCCCUGUCGAAUAGAGAAAAGAAGUAUUUUAUUUAAUAUUUAUUUUAUUAGUUUCCUAUUUAUUUAGAAUCUAAUAAAAGUAGUAGAUAAAAAAGAAGAGAAACAGCUACAAUAUCUUGAUUAUUAAAACAUUAUAUCAAUACAAGU